AUGGCCGCCGUGCCCGGCUGGAAUUUGCUCAAAGGCAAGACUGCCGCCAUCACCGGUGGCACCACUGGAAUUGGUCGGGCCAUUGUUUUGGCAUACAUCACGCAAGGAUGCAAUGUUGCCGUCAACCAUCUGGGUCUUCCGCAGGAUGAGCUGCACCGUCACAGCCUUCUCGAGGAGGUCAAGGCGAUCAAGAGCAAGGGUAUCAAGGCGGGUGAAAUCCUGGAGCUCCCGGGCGACGUGACAAACCCCGAGACCAGCACCAACCUGGUCAAACAGGCUGUGUCGCAAUGGGGGAAGCUGGAUAUCUUUGUCGCCAAUGCGGGUGUCUUCAAGGAAGCAGAGUUCCUCAAGAUUGAGCCGUCCCUCCUUGAUCACAGCGUUGACGUGAACGUCAAGGGCUGCUUCUAUUCCUGUCAGGCUGCCGCUCGCCAGAUGGUGGAGCAAGGCCAUGGCGGUUCGAUUAUCGGUAUUUCCUCUGUGAGCGCUCUAGUCGGCGGCGGUUUCCAAACCCAUUACACCCCUACAAAGGCUGCCAUUCUCUCUAUGAUGCAGUCCAUGGCAGUUGCCCUUGGCAAAGACAAGAUCCGAUGCAAUGCCCUCAUGCCCGGCACUAUUGCUACUCAGCUGGCCGACCACGACAUGAAGAAUCCUACCAAGAAGGCUGCGCUUGAAGAGCGUAUCCCUCUUGGCCGUAUCGGCGACCCGGAGGAUAUGGCAGGCCCGGCGGUUUUCCUGGCCUGCGAGGAGAUGAGUCGUUAUGUGAAUGCCACGGGAUUGCUGGCUGACGGUGGAAUGUUCAGUAAAUUGCAGUAG